AUGGACUGCAGAAGAUUUGAAAUUACACUAAUAUCAGCAAGUGAUCUUGAAGAUGUUCGAAAGCUAUUCAAGAUGAAAGUCCACGCUAGGGUUUCCAUAGGAAGCAACCCCAACACCGAAAAAAGAACGCCGACGGACAAACACGGCGAGAUAAAUCCGGCGUGGAACUUUAGCAUGAAGUAUACAAUAUCCGAGUCAAUGAUACAGUACCCUAAUGAUAUGCUAGUUAUAAAGUUAUAUUGCAAGAGGAAGCUCGGGGAUCGGUAUAUUGGAGAAGUGCAUACUUCAAUGAAGGAGCUUUAUGAAUAUGCAUACCCUAAUGGAGGCAGUGCUGUAAUGAAUUAUCCUGUACAAAAAGGCUCUGCUCAAUCUCAAGGUGUUUUGAGGUUUUCUUAUAGGUUUGGAGAAAAAGUUACCGUUGAUAAGUUAGUUAUGGCUGAGAGCGUUGCUGGUUGGAGUAUGUGCUAA